CCAUGCGCGCACCACAUGCAUAAAGUAAAAUUGGGGCUCUUGCGUUGGGGGGUCACAGGGGGCUACCCUCCCCCUACAGGGCUACCCCGUCCCCAGAGCGCCCUCUAGUGGCAGCCUCCUAGGCUCGGGGACCCAGGUGUACUAUUCUCCCCUCCCUCCUCCCCCAAACCUUACUCGGGAAGCGGGAGAACCAGAUGAGGCGUUGCGCAAGACCUGGUGUUUACCUCCCGCAGGAGCCUCCUCCUUCCCUAUAAAGCCUGAUGUGGCAGAGAGAUUGGCCGAGACUGAGCUGGUUGAGGAGAGAGGCAAUCCCAGAAGAGGGUCGGAAAGUGGCAAAAGUUAAUGCGGGAGACGGAGAGAAGGGCAUCUACACAGCAAGCAGCAGGGGCGGCCCGCCAUCUGCGCGCUCGAAGGCGGUCGCGGUGGUCGCGGAAAGGGCGGCGUCCAGAUACCGGCUUUCCAUGGAUGCGCCCGAGCUGGGCCCAGGGCUGGUGGAGCGUCUGGAGCAGCUGGCGACGUGUCCUCUGUGCGGGGGCCCCUUCGAGGACCCGGUGCUACUGGCGUGCGAGCACAGCUUCUGCCGCGCGUGUCUGGCCCGUCGCUGGGGGACCCCGCCGGCGACUGGCACCGAGGCUUCCGCCACCGCCUGUCCCUGCUGCGGCCUGCCGUGUCCCCGCCGCAGCCUGAGGUCUAAUGUGCGGCUGGCAGUGGAGGUGCGGAUCAGCCGCGAGCUGCGACAGAAGCUAGCUGAGCCUGGGGCCCUCGCGGGGAGACGCCGAGGGGGGCGCAUCCCCACCAUGGGCUCUCUGGACCCGUACGGAGAGGAUAUGAGGAAGACGUGGAGACGACUGGAAGUCCCAGCACCCAAGUCACCUAAUCCAGAGGAUGAUCUCCCUGAAGAUUACCCAGUGGUCAAAAACAUGCUUCAUAGACUGACAGCCGACCUGACCCUGGACCCUGGGACCGCACACCGUCGCUUGCUCAUCUCCGCCGACCGCCGCAGCGUCCAACUGGCUCCACCAGGGACGCCCUCGCCCCCUGAUGCCCCCACGCGCUUCGAUCAGCUCCCGGCUGUGCUGGGCGCGCAGGGCUUCGGGGCCGGCCGCCACUGCUGGGAAGUGGAGACUGGGGACGCAGCCUCCUGCAGAGACUCUUCUGGGGAGGAUGAGGACGACGGGGAGAGCCACUAUGCAGUGGGCGCCGCCGGGGAAUCCGUGCAACGCAAGGGCCGCGUGAGGCUGUGCCCUUCGGCGGCCGUGUGGGCAGUGGAGGGCCGCGGCGGCCGCCUGUGGGCCCUCACGGCACCCGAGCCCACCCCGCUGGGCAGCGCCGAGUCCCCGCCACGGCGCAUUCGCGUGGACUUGGACUGGGAGCGGGGCCGCGUGGCCUUCUACGACGGCCGCUCACUGGACCUGCUUUUCGCCUUCCAGGCGCCCGGUCCCCUUGGGGAGCGCAUCUUCCCGCUGUUCUGCACCCGUGACCCUCGUGCCCUACUCCGCAUUGUACCAGCGGAAAGCUGAGUCUCGUCUCCAGCUAGAAGUCUGGCCCGGCCACUGGCCCUGUGGCUGCUUCUUUUUGGGCGUAGAAUUCCCUUCUCAUUUCAGGGAGCUCAUUCACACGCCCAUUGUAGGAGUACUAAUACCAACCCACAUUUUUUUCUCCCAAAAUAAUAAGACCUCAGCUGGCCUCCAGGUUUUCACAUCCCUGCUCAAAACCAAAUCCAUUCCUGCUCCCUGGCUCUCAGGAUCUUCUCUCCCCAACAGCUACUACAGUACUUCCUGACUGACUUCCCCCUGCUAUACUAUUCCAGGCCUGCAGUGGGGAACAGGCCCUCCGCAGCAGUACUGGUAAAGUGACUGCGUUUCCUACACAGAGGCUCUGCUAGUCAAAUACUUAACUCCCACUCUUGCCUCUCUUAGCUCCAAAGAAGGGCUCAGGACUUUCCCCACAGAUCUAAGGACCGGGCUACCCUGCCUGUCCACUGAGGUUUCUCCUAAAACAAGAGGCUUGACCCUGGUCUGGGCCCUGUGACCCUCUAGGAAGCUUCAUAACCCUUUUGGGGGAUCAGGGGGUGGGGAGGGACAAGCUAGUUCCCCAACCUCCUGUGACUGCUUUCUAUGUUCACAGCCUUUUUUCCAUAAGAACUUUCUUGAAACUUCUCUGCACACAUACAGAAAGAAACCAAAGGUGCUACUUCCCUUCUCCCCUCCUCAACCUGGGAAUACUUCAGACAUCCCCAAACUCAUCCUGUGUAUAGUCUCACGCCCUUCCCCGUAUGUAUAAAUGGGCCCAUAUUUAACACAUUUUGUGAUUUUGGGUUAUUUAUUUUGUGCAUCUGUGGCAAUAAAUGAGAUCUCAGUGGUGGUAUGGAUUUGACUGAUCUCUGCAAUUGUGUAUGGCAAGAAGGACUGGAAAAUGAAAACCAGAUCCCAGUAAGGGGUAGGGAGGGCCAAGAGAACUGAACAUCUGGACUGGUAGAGAAAUCAAAGCCUAGGAAGUAAGAGGUAAGAGUGUAGUAUAGGGGAUAUACCCCCAUCUCUUUGUUCCCUCCCUUUCCCCCCAGGUCCCUGGGACUAUAUUGGAUUUGUCUCUGAAGGUGAAAAACAAAAGGCUGAGUAGAUAGUUGGCUCUAAGUGAUCAAUCUCAAGCCAGCUUUGUCAGAAAUCCUAAAUCACAGGAGAAGGGUGGGAAGAAAGGAUAUGAUUAUUUCUCUUUCCAUUUUCCAUUAGAGGUGAGAAUGGCAAGGACCUCUCUUCUACCUCCUCUUGAGGGCAUGAGGAGGGUUAGCAAAAGGAGAAGGGCUGGGAGCCCUGAGGUCUCCUGUAAGACCUCAUAUCUCACAGGCGAGAACUAAGAAUUGGAUUAAAUAUUUUAGUGGGAUAGCUCUAAACCAGGAUUAGCAAGCAUAGCUAGGGUGCGAAUUCCUGGAAUCUGACAGGGACCCUGGCAGUGAAAGCUGGGAUUGUUGAAAAC